AUGGCACCCCAAACACGCGCCUCUCGACGAAGUAAGAACUCACUUCUCUUCGGUACGCCGGCGAGAGAUUUGACCUCCUCCAAACGGUUCAUGUGGACGCCCGCUCACAACAAGAUGUUCGAGGAGCACGUCAACAGCAGAGCCGACAUCUACAGCGAUCAAGAGAGUUUGCUGGAGCAACUAGACUCCCAUGGCUACGAGCAAAUCAAGACGAGUGCUGGAGAGAAUGUCAAGAAGCUCAUCCUCAAGAAGGUAAGAAGCAAGCUUUACAACACCCAGAGGAACCUGGCGAAGCCUCAGACGGAGUCAACCCCUUUUUGGGCUGCAACCAAGACUGUGAGUCCAAGGAAGAGCAGCACGGCAGUGGCACCCAUGCCUACUAGUUCUGCUCCCGCGGAGGAUGUAAAAGAGGACGAUGAUGAUAUUGAGGGCAUCUGCACUUCGCGCGAAUGGACAGAGUUCCACAAAAGCAAUGUCCAUCACGCCGCGAUAAAUGGCAACCUGCGAUACGCUAUCGAGGCUCACAUCAAACUCAUCAGGGCCGCGGAAGAGGCAAAGCUCGCCUUUGAUGCAUUGGGAGAUGAUAUCCUUGACGAAACUGCAGAGGAAGCUAGAAACAAUAUCGACUGGCUUAGCGACGGGCUUGCCGAUGCCAUCAAUGACCAUCUUCGACAAUAUUGA